AUGCCACAACUGCAUAGAGUUCGGUGCGUCUCGUUCGGAUACACGUAUUUACACCUAUGCCGUCAAUGUUGCCAUUAUUUUUGACAAUAGGACAUUGUAAUUAACAGUGCGAUUGUGCGGUGCGUCCAUUUCUGUUGAUACGGUUUUGUGAGCCCUUUGUUCGAGAACUGCUUCAAAAUUGAUCUCGACCUACAGAGGCAGGCCUCCAACGGCCACUUCAUCAGAUCUGUGGGCCAAAUGUGCGAAGGCGGCUUCAGUGCCGCGGAGGGACUCUCGAGGAUGGCCUCCCUAGGGGGCGCCACCUUGGGCGUCCCUCAAGGUCUGCAGAAUCCACAAGCAACGAAAAAACAAGAGGAUCACAUCAAACGCCCAAUGAACGCCUUCAUGGUUUGGUCGCGGUUACAAAGGCGAAAAAUUGCUCAAGAGAAUCCCAAAAUGCACAACUCGGAAAUCUCUAAAAGAUUAGGUGCCGAAUGGAAACUCCUGACGGAGGACGAAAAGAGGCCUUUCAUUGACGAAGCAAAACGGUUACGUGCAAUGCAUAUGAAAGAACACCCCGACUACAAAUAUAGGCCGAGGCGCAAGCCAAAAACCUUGCGUAAAGAAGGCUAUCCAUAUUCCAUCCCCUACCCUUCAGUGCCAAUGGACGCGCUAAGAGCUGAUUUAUACUGUUCCAGUGACGCUGGAAUGGCGGCAAGCAGUAUGGGUCAAUCCAUGGCCUCGUACUACAACCCGUCCGCUGCAUACGGUUCAUUAAGCGCAGCAUCAAUGGCGGCGGCGGCGGCGGCAGCUCAACAGUCGGCAGCGGCAAUGUCGGCUGGUCUUACAGCACCAGCGCAGGUGGUAAGCUCGAUGGAUGCUAUGAAGUACUCCAUGGAAGCCGACAAGUACCGCUCCCCUUACAUCCCCCCGUCGACCCUCGCCAUGUCCAUGUACUCCGACCCCAAAUACAUGGACACCUCCUCCAAAAGCUAUCUCGAACGAGGCUACCUGGAUUCCACUUCAGCACUCACCAAGGCCUACUUCGAGUCCUCCAAGAUGUACAUGGACAGUAAAUACAACCCCGACCCAUCGCGGUCCUACCCCAUCGACAUAGGCAAAAUGUACACGGACACCAAUUCCACGCAACAAGUGCCCGGAAAUCUCGGCUCCCCCCGAUCUCCAGAAUCUCCAGACGUCAAAAACAGCCAAGAACGGCAGGACGGUGCUUCUUCUUCGAGUUCGACAACGACUUCUUCGGCGGGAGCAUCACCGGGUGCUCUUCCUGGGUACUAUCCCAGCAGCGGGAUGCAGCAAGGGCCUUCGGUACCAGGGCUGUUGCCCAUGGCGCAAUAUGCGAGUCAAUAUCCAACGCAGACGCCAGGAGGAGAGUUUCGGAGACCUCUCACUGUAAUAUUUUGACCAGAUCGGUUGUGAAUGUGAUUGGUGAACGUGUGUAUACUAUGUUUCAUCUAAAUAUUAUAAAUAAAAAGCAAAAUAGACGUAAUUGUAUGUAUUAUGUAGUUAAGCGUGCAUGUACAGUGAGCACAGAAAGUUUCGCAACGGUAGGAUUUUGAUGCCGGUUGAAGGACCAAUUGAAAAAAGUACAUCACAUAGAAAUUAACUUUUCUAGUUUUUUACGUUUGAUUUCUGUUCCUAUUAUAAUUUUGGAAUUUGAGAAUGAAACACGAAAAGUAUGAAAUUAUAUAUAUAAUUAUAAAUAAAUAAGUUGAUUUGUCAUGAUAAAUGAAUAAAUCAAUUUGCGUAUCACCUCAUUUACGUAUAGUUUACAUUUUCAGAUUCCAAAGAACUCUAAAAUUACAAAUAAUAUCAUUCUAUUCUGUCUAUUUGCAGUCUAUUAAGAUCUAAAAUGUGUGUAAAUUAUAUUUCAUCAUUUAGGCUACACAUUAAAAUAAUUUUAAAUGUGCUUAAAGUUGCAUUUUUGACAUUUCAUGAAAAAAUGAAUGUCAAAAACGUUGUUUUAAUUUGUAUUAUGUUGUGUGACAUUCAUCUACUUUUUCUGAUAGUGUGAAUUAAUCCCCGACAUAUAGUCGAGGCCAGAAAAUCAUCAUAAUUUUGGCAUUUUGAAAAUUUGGAUGUAGUCUAUUCUUUAUUGUUAUUUCGUCGUUUGAAGUUUAAAAGAUUUGUCAUGUCUCAUCCAGUGUCAGCUACGCACUGUCAAAAGUGAUGAAACUAAAAUAAAAAUAUGGUUACAAUACGUAAAGAAGUUUCACACUCUGACAGUGGAAUAACAUUGACGCGCUUGAUUUUUUUACCACGACUGUAUUUCUGCAUUUUCAUUGCUGCUUGCGUGCCCAAAUUUAAUUGAUCAUACUGUACUUAGGGUGCUACUGUUUGUAGUCAUUAUUCUCUGUAGCGAAACUUGUGUGCCUGUAUAGUUAGAAAAAUUUUGUUUAAAUUCAGAUUAAUUUAUUUAUAUGUUUUGUCCAGUGAAGUACUUAACACUUGUAUAAAUGUAAAUAAUUCUCUAGCGUGUACAAAUAGUUGUGUUUAGUUAUGUAUGAUACAUGCAACAUGUUAUUAUUUAAAGUAUUGUACAAAGCGCUUGUUUACUCCACACAAAUUUUUGUUCCUAUUUUUCGGUAGCUCGAACUACUUAAAGUAUCCACACAUAUGCGUUGUUAUAAUGACUUAUCUAAAUAUAGAAUUACUGUAAUGGUAUGUUAUCAAAAAUCAAAAAAUCUCGAACAAUAAACUAGU